AUGAAGAAGUUCGGCUUCAGCAAGAAAUCCGACGACGGCGACGAUUCCAAUCGCUCCGCCCUCUUCGGCAGCAAGAAGGGCUCCCCCGCACCCGCCAGCAACCCCUAUGCACAGUCGGGCCAGAAUGAUCCCUACGCCCCGAGCCAGCCCAUGACUGGCGCCCAGGCAACCUACAAGCAGUAUCAGCAAGCUUCCUACAGCGGAGGGCUGCCCAGCGGUCCGCGCGGAGGUGGCCCUGGUCUUCCGGGAGGACCCCGCGGCGGUCCUGGUGCCCCUCCAUUGAACCGCAACGCGAGCAGCGCCUCCAACGAGACAGCCCCUCCCCCGUACAGCGGCGGUGCCGGCUACGGCUCCGACCGAUACGGCGCGUCCGGCGGUUACGGCAGCAACAGAUACGACAACUCCGGAUCCGGAUACGGCUCCGAUCGAAAGGCACCUAGUGCAGGCUCUCGAGGACCCGGUGGCUACGGUGGACUCGGCCGAGCCGACGGCAAUGACGAUGAUGCCGACCGCGACGCUCUCUUCUCCGGCGCCCGUGAACGACAGGAUCAAAGACAGCAACAGCCCGCACAGAGUGGGGGAUACGGAGCAUCCGGCACCGGCGCCGGGUCCAACUACGGUGGUUAUGGUGAGCGCCGUGAGCUCACCGCGGAGGAGCAAGAGGAAGAGGAGGUCGCCGAUAUCAGAAGGCAAAUUAAAGAGACAAAGCUUGCAUCGGCAACCUCGGCCGAGAACUCUGAGCGUAUCGCCUCUCAGGCUGUGGAGACGGCAUUGGGUACCUACGCCAGGUUGGGUGCACAGCACGAGCGUUUGAACUACACCGAAGGUCUCCUCGACAAAGCCAGCACGUCCACGCGCGAGGCUGAAGGACAAACUAAGAAGUUGAAGCACCUGAACCGCAGCAUGUUUGCAGUCCACGUCAACAACCCCUUCACAUCAGGCAAGAAGACGCGGGACCUCGAGAACCAAAUCCUUGAACAGCACCGCAACGACCGAGACCUGCGCGAGGCAACUCGCAAGGCUGGGUGGCAAGCCAACGCCCACAUGGAGGCUGGCUUCAAAGAGAUCGAGGCCUCCCGUAGCACCGAUAAGUGGCAGAAGGCUAGUGGUGCUGAGAAGAGCAAAUACGCCUUCGAGGACGACUCGGAGGAUGAUGAGGCCGAAAACCGCAUUGACGAUGCCAUGGCAAGGACCGCAAACCAUGUCGGCACCCUUAACAGCGUGGCCAGGCUGAUGCAGAGGGAAAUCGACUCUCAGGACCAGCUCAUAGGAAGACUCGGCGAAAAGAGCGAUUCCGUGAACGACCAGGCCAAACUCAACACGGAGAGACUGAAACACAUUUUGAUUUCGGCUUGGCUUCCUUGUCGACCCCUUCGUAGUGGCCGGGGGCACUGUGUGACCCACUAUGAUUCCGUGACAUUUGAUUUCACCACGAGGACCGUGUUGAACGGCGCCGCCAUGAGGCCGUCGUCGAGAUUACUAGCCCAGGCAGCGCCCGCUUCAAACAACGGUCUCCGGCCGGCGCUGGCCCUCCUGCCGCCAAUCCCGCUGUAUCGGCGCCUGUUCCGUGCUCACAGGAAGCACCUCCCGUCCGAGAUGCGGCUCCUGGGCGACGAGUACAUCAAGGCCGAAUUCCGCGCCCACCGCGAGACGGAGAACCCCGCGCACAUCAUCGGUUUCUUGACCGAGUGGCAGCUGUACGCGCAGAAAAUCGAGGGCGAUGCGUGGAAGGGGGAAAAACUUGACCCGGCCAAGAUCGAGAAGAUGAGCGACCAGCAGAUGGGCCAACUAUACGAACUCAUGCAGGCCAUCCGGAAACGCCAUGAGGAGGGGGGCAGUGAAGAGUGA